AUGGCGUCCACCGUAGCGCCCCUGAACGCCGACGUCGAGGACCUGCGGACGAACGUGACGGCGCAGCUCCGCAACGCGACGGGGCCGAGCAAGGUGACCGACCUGGUGGUGUGCUACUCGCCGAUGAUGAUCGCCACCAACGGCAUCUGGCAGGGCGUGAACCCGCUCGAGUUCUCCCUCCCGCUCUUCAUCCUCCAGGUGGCCGUCAUCGUCAUCACCACCCGCGUCCUCGUCCUCCUCCUCAGGCCCCUCCGCCAGCCGCGCGUCAUCGCUGAGAUCCUCGCCGGCAUCGUGCUGGGGCCCUCGGUCAUGGGGCAGAUGGAGCUGUGGGGCAACAUGGUGUUCCCGCAGCGGAGCCUGCUCACCCUCGAGACCGUGGCGCACCUCGGCCUCCUCUACUUCCUCUUCCUCGUGGGCCUCGAGAUGGACCUCGACGUCAUCAGGCGCUCCGGCAAGAAGGCGCUCUUCGUGGCCCUGGCCGGGAUGGCGCUGCCCUUCUGCAUCGGCACCGCCACGUCCUUCAUAUUCCGGCACCAGGUGUCCCGGAACGUGCACCAGACCUCCUUCCUGCUCUUCCUCGGCGUCGCCCUCUCCGUCACGGCCUUCCCCGUGCUCGCGCGCAUCCUCGCCGAGAUCAAGCUGCUCAACACGGAGCUGGGCCGCAUCGCCAUGUCCGCGGCCAUCGUCAACGACAUGUGCGCCUGGAUCCUGCUCGCGCUCGCCAUCGCCAUCACCGAGGUGGACAGCACGGUGCUGUCGUCCCUGUGGGUCCUCCUCGGGGGCGUCGUCUUCGUGCUCUUCUGCUUCUACGUCGUGCGCCCCGGGAUGUGGUGGCUCAUCGGCCGCGUCCCCGAGGGCGAGAGCAUCAGCGACAUGGACGUCUCGCUCAUCCUCACCGGCGUCAUGGCGGCCGGCGUUUGUACGGACGCACUCGGCAUCCACUCGGUUUUCGGCGCGUUCGUCUACGGGCUGGUCAUCCCGAGCGGGCCGCUCGGCGUGGCGCUCAUCGAGAAGCUGGAGGACUUCGUCACCGGCCUCCUCCUCCCGCUAUUCUUUGCCAUCAGCGGCCUGCGCACCGACGUGACCAAGGUGCACGACCCGGUGACCGUCGGCCUGCUUGUGCUCGUCUUCGUCAUGGCCAGCUUCGCCAAGAUCAUGGGCACCAUCAUCAUCGCAGCGCUAUACACCAUGCCCUUCCGCGAGGGCGUCUCCCUUGGUUUCCUCAUGAACACAAGGGGGCUCGUCGAAAUGAUCGUGCUCAACAUUGGGAGAGACAAGCAGGUGUUGGGCGACGAGUCGUUCGCGGUGAUGGUGUUGGUGUCGGUGGCGAUGACGGCGCUGGUGACGCCGGUCGUGACGGGCCUGCAAAAGCCGGCGCGGCGACUCGUCGGGUACAAGCGGAGGAACCUGCAGCGCAUCAGGCACGACAGCGAGCUCCGCAUGCUGACGUGCGUGCACACCACGCGCAACGUGCCGUCCGUGCUGUCGCUGCUCGACCUCUCGAACCCGUCCAAGCGCUCCCCCAUCUUCAUCUACGCGCUCCACCUCGUCGAGCUCACCGGCCGAGCCUCCAACAUGCUUGCCGCCGCCGCCGCCUCCGCCUCCUCGAGCAGCCGCUCAGGCUCCUCCGCCCUGCCCCCUAUGACGGAGCACAUCUUCAACGCUUUCGAGAACUACGAGAUGCACACCGGAGGCGUCUCAAUCCAGACGCUCACGGCGGUGUCGCCGUACCAGAGCAUGCACGACGACGUGUCCGUGCUCGCGGAGGACAAGCACGUGUCGCUCAUCGUGGUCCCUUUCCACAAGCAGCAGACGGUGGACGGCGGGUUGGAGCCGAUCAACCCGUCCAUCCGGGGCUUCAACGAGAGCCUCCUCUCCACCUCCCCGUGCUCCGUCGCCAUCCUCGUGGACCGUGGCCUCAGCGCCGCCGCGGCGCGCAUGACCGACGAGCACAGCCUCGUGCUCUUCUUCUUCGGUGGGCCCGACGACCGCGAGGGGCUCGCCUACGCGUGGAGGAUGGUCGAAAACCCCGGCGUUUCCCUCGCCAUCUUACGGUUCCUCCCGCCGGACUACCGGGCGCAGUCCUCCGCCGGCGGCUCGUACUCGUCCAACGCGGACUCGCGCGCGAUCAACAUCGGCGCCGAGGGCAAGACCGAGCUGGAGAUGGACGAGGAGUACCUGGGCGAGUUCCGCGCGCGCAACCAGGGCAACAAUGCCAUCACGUACGCCGAAAGGACGGUGACCAACAGCGAGGAGACGGUGGCGGCCAUCCGGAGCCUGGAUAGUAGCAUGCACGAGAUGUACAUCGUGGGCCGGCGCCCCGGCGAGUCCGGGUCGCCGAUGACGUCGGCGCUGGAGGACUGGAUGGAGUCCCCGGAGCUGGGGCCCAUCGGGGACAUGCUCGUGUCGUCCGACUUCUCUAUGACGGUGUCGGUGCUGGUGGUCCAGCAGUACGUGGUGACCGACGGGACGGCGCCCAUGGCCGCCCCCGGCCCGGCGCCCGCCGUUAACGUCGACCCGGUGCGCCAGUACCUGAGCAACGCGAACCAGCGGCCACCCCCGGGGCUCGAGGGGUACCAGUCCAUCCCGGCAUCGUCGGCGGCUGAUAGCAGAUGGUCUAGUGGCACCGUAGGAUUCUGA